AUGGCAGUCCCACGCUCUCGCAUCCUCGAUCUGCUCAAGGUCCAAUCGCGCAUCUUCAACACGACCUUCAAUCCCACCAAUGCCCGCCUCGGAAACAGCGUCUUGCGCCAGCGCCUCCGUGGUCCAUCUCUCGCCGCAUACUACCCACGCCGCGUCGCGACCUUUAAGGAUCUAAGAAAAUUGUAUCCCGAAUUUGAGCUUUAUGACAAUUUUGAGGAGGACCGAUUAGAGCACAUUCAGAUUUCCAAGUCGAGAGGCAAGGGUGCGCCGAAGAAGAAGAGAACCGCUGCGGAGAGUCGGAAGAACCAGAAGGGAAAGAAGAGAUAG